AUGUGGAAUCUAAACGAUUCUCCUGAUUGGAGAAGAGACGAUAAAUCGGAAGAUUGUUCUUCGCCGGCUGACGGCGAUGACGACAAGGGUAAAGGGAUUGGAUCCGUGUCAAAUUCGAGCUCAUCAGCGGUGGUAAUUGAAGAUGGUUCAGAAGAAGAAGACGGAGAAAAAGUUAGAAAGAAGCGAAGCAGCAUGAUAUUUGGGUUCUCGAUGAACGAUACCUGCUCGUCGGAGACUGAACCGCCUGUGACCAGGCAGUUUUUUCCGGUGGAUGAGACAGAAAUGGGUAUAAUAUCGGGUACCAACGGUGACAGUGGUGGUGGGGAUACAAGUGUUUUUCCUAGAGCCCACUGGGUGGGGGUUAAAUUUUGCCAGUCGGAGCCUCUCGGCGGCGUUGUAGGUAAGUCUACGGAGGUUUCACAGCCACCAAAGAAGAGUCGCCGUGGCCCGAGGUCCAGAAGUUCACAAUACCGUGGUGUUACCUUUUACCGGAGGACCGGCCGGUGGGAGUCACAUAUAUGGGACUGUGGAAAGCAAGUAUAUCUGGGUGGAUUUGACACUGCCCAUGAGGCUGCACGUGCAUAUGAUAGAGCGGCCAUCAAGUUCCGAGGAGUGGAGGCAGACAUAAAUUUUAGUCUAGAUGACUAUGAUAAGGACCUGAAACAGAUGAGAAAUCUGACGAAGGAAGAGUUUGUUCAUGUACUUCGGAGACAAAGUACUGGGUUUCCUAGAGGAAGCUCCAAGUAUAGAGGAGUAACCUUGCACAAAUGUGGAAGAUGGGAAGCUAGAAUGGGCCAGUUCUUAGGCAAAAAGUAUGUGUAUUUGGGUCUCUUUGAUACUGAAAUUGAAGCUGCCAGGGUUUAUGAUAAAGCUGCUAUUAAGUGUAAUGGCAAGGGUGCAGUGACUAACUUUGAUCCCAGCAUUUACGAAAAUGAACUUAAUUCUGAAUGUUCAGGGAAUGAAGCAGCUGACCACAACCUCGAUUUGAGCUUGGGCAGUUCAACCUCAAAGCAAAGUACUCGAGAAUUGAGGGAUGAUAGUCACAGUGCAAUGGAUCAGGAUUUUGCAGCAAUGCAAUCUGAAGUUGAUUGGCGAAAUCGGGGAUUUAGGCCCCAGCACCAACUGAAUCAAAUAGGCAUUGAUGGCGGCAGAAGAGAGGGGUAUAGUGAGACAGAAACAUUGCAGUUUCUGAGCAAAACACACUUUCAAUCUCCAAGCUCACUAAAGGCUAAUGAAAUGCACAGAUAUGGACCAUUCAUGAAAUCCGGUGAACCCCAAAUGUCUCGAAUGUUUCCCCCAUUGCCCAGCUUAUCAAAUUAUCAAUUGAUCCAGUUUCCAAGCAGCAGCAACAAUGGAGGUAGAGUCGGAGUCAGUGGAGAAGAGCUUUCUCUUUCUACAAAGAAUCACCAGCAAUGGCAAUCCAAUCCUCCUCAGUUAUUUGCAACUGCUGCAGCAUCAUCAGGAUUCCAACAGCAGAGUGUAAGACCUCAAAAUUGGCUAUUGAGACCUUCCUGACCCUUAUUAUUAUUAUUAUUAUUAUCAAAUCAAAAAUCCUCCAACUUGUGAUCAAUAUACUACAAUGUUUUUGAGUUUCUUCUUUCUGCCUAGUAUAUAACUAGGGUUCUUAAAUAGAACCAGGAAAGAAGAGAAAAAAAAUGGCUCCAUCUCUUUGGGAAAUGUUGGUCAUUUGGUCAAACAAACAAAGGGUCGAAAUCUCAAAUAGAUGUAUUUUUGGAUUUUGA